AUGGAACACGAUGGACAAGGAUUCAAAGACACAGAUUUCACCGGGUUGACGCUGGGAGAUGUCAUGUCAAAAGUGAAUGAUCUGGAAGUCAAGUCACAGAAAUCUGAGAGUCACGCCCUGGAAAUGGAAGAAAAGUUCAAGAAAUCGGAAAGUCUGUUGCAAGAGAUGAUGCGUCGCCUUGCAGUCAGCGAAAACCAAUUGGCCAAUAUGACGGGGUUGACACCAGGUCCAAACCAAUGGUUUCGAGUUGGUAGCAGUGAAGCAGUGGAAAGUUCUAGUCUUCCCAAAGAAUAUCAUGAUGAGCAAUUUGUCCUUCCACGAGACGUCUACUCCGUCGUGGCAUCCUGUCACUGGAGAACGCUUCCAUUUUGGAUAUCAUUGUUCAUCAUCUUUGGGUUUCAGAUCUUUUUGCUGGUUCUUCUCCUAGAAGAUCAAGUAAACUGGGGUGGCGACAAUGUAUUGGGCAUUCCAGCAAAUGUGGAGACUACUGUUCGGACUGCUCAGAUCUUAGCGUUGAUCAUUGCUCUCUUUGAUCAGGACGAUAUUCGUAUAGGAAUUGAAGGUUUAUCAGAUGGGGUCCCGUCACUUUAUAAUGGAGAUGGUCGCUUCGAAAGAGUGAAUGUGAUGCAGUGGGCCAUGGCGUAUGCACUUAGAUUUGGACAAGGAUUUCUUGGACUGUUCUGCUCUUUCCUCUUGUUAGUCCAAGCUGAGACUGUAUUUGAUGUGUUGUUGAAUUUCCUGGGCGUGAAAUUUGUGUCAGAACUGGAUGAUUUGGCAUUCAUUCUUGGUGGACAAGGCUACUUUGGUUCAAGCUUGAAACAGUGUGUCAAAGCCACUAGUAGUGCGACAUUUCUGCGAGAACAAAGGCCUUCGAACUCGUCUUGUUCGGACAUCAAGAAGUAUGCAAAUGUGGUAGGGGUUUUUACUGUUUUGAUUGCAAUGGCGGCUGUGUUUGCCACUCUUGCAAUUCGACAAGAUGAAGGUACCUUCUCGAUUCCACAGAUUGCAGUCGAGUUUGGAGAUGAGGUCUUGCCAUACCUCGGGCUAUUCAAUGGAUUUUACAAGGCCAAUCAAAAUGGUAAUUUCCACCGGCGGCUAGUCUAUGAGCAAGUUGGGGUGGACAACGAGCAUAGUGGAAAACUAGGCUGGUGCUCAAAUCUCGAAGAUGAAGGAGAGGGGUCUGGAGGAUGGAUCUUCUUUACUAACUCUGCCAAUCCAUGCGCGGAAUACAUUAUAAGAUCAGAAGCAACAAAGACAUUCGAUGUGUUGGAAGCUGGGGCGACGCAGUGGUACAUUCGAGAUGGGCGUCCUCUAGAUUACUUGGAAGUCACUCGUGUAUUCAACGCCCCACAAGACUACUGGAGAGAAACAUUUGAUGAAAACCAAAGGCCAUGUGAAGAAGUCCAUCUUUCCGGAAGCUUCAAGGGCCUACAGGGUACUGGUACUCGAUCGUCAACAUUUCAACAACUGCCGACCAUGACGACCAUGAUCAUCAGCGAAAACCAAAUACCCGAUUCUUCUACUUUGGCUCAUCCAAUCUAUGUUGGGCGUUCAAGCUCGGAAGUUGUUUUAUUUACUGGUCGCAGAUGGGUUUUAGUUGAGGGUGAUAAGGUGCCGAAUCUAUCUCGCCAUAGAAAUAGCUCGUCAUUGUGGGACAUGGACGGCUUAAGGGAAUUCUUCUAUGGCAGACGGGAGUUCUUGUCCAUGAACCAAAGCAAUGACUGGGUCCUUUUAGUCAGUGAGAUUGUGGAAGCUGCAACAAACCCAGGGUCACCUUUGGGACUCCAAUGGUUCCACCCACGAUACGACUUGGAUUCGACAUACAACUUUCCGUUUGCAGAUCUUACGCGUCCGCAGGUUGCCAAAAUGGGCUGCGCCAGGUGCGAUGAAGAGGCCAACCCAUGUGCCUAUGAAGGAAUAUGUCAUGAUGGCAUUUGCACUUGUUCGAAUCGCGCCACUGGCUCCCUCUGCCAAGUUGUCCAGACAGUCCAAAUUCCCAAUGGCGCGAAGUGUGAACUGGCUCGACGUAUUUGGUCUGAGUCGCUCUUUGAUUUGGCUGUUUUCUUUGGAAACGACACCGACAAUGAUCCAAUCCGAAAGAUUGACACCCUGGCUCGAUCUGUAUCGUGGACGGUUCCAAGCAAGUGUAUCAUGGAUGUGUUAUCACGCCAGUUGGGGACUGUUCCGAUGGAUGAUUCUAUUCAAGGAGCGGCAGUUGCAGCACAAUCUGCAGAUAGCAUGGCGGCGUUUUUGUGCUCGUUCGAUGAAGAUCUACUUCUGGAACGAUACGCAUUGGCCGUCAUGUACCAAUCAUGGUUCUUGCUGGAAGCUGAUUUUAACGAGCACCAGUGCAAUUCGUUCGGUUUCGCUGUGGAUGGCUCGACCAUCACAUGUAACUCAGAAGAUAAAGUUGCGGAUUUUGUCAAGGGCAGCAACAGGUUGGAUUCCACUAUCCCACCUGAAAUCUUUCUGCUCUCCGAUUUAGAAAGCCUAGUGUUUGCAAGCCACAAUGUUGUUGGAACCUUACCCACAGAGCUUGGGCUGCUGACAAAGCUUACACAUAUCGAUGCCUUUGGCAAUCGGUUGGUAGGACAGAUUCCUAGCGAAAUCGGUCUCUUGACAAAUCUUGUCACACUGAAUCUUGGAUACAACAGCUUUACUGGAUCGUUACCAGCUGAACUGAGCAAUCUACAGAAUCUAAACAAUUGUACAAUAGUGGGCAACAACCUUACGUGGACCAACGAAGUCGCAGUUUGUCAGUAA